AGUUUGGAGAAAAAUGUGUGAAAUAGAAUUUUGUUGGUCCAAUCCAAAUUGCUAUUUCCAAAGGCGAUAGAGAAGAAGAGGAAGAAGAAGCUGGUAGGGUUGAGUCAAGUUAAACCUCUCUCUCUCUUUUAUUAAUUCUAUUACUACAUCAUCAUCAUCACCAUCUUCAACAUAGAUGCAACCAAACCAAUGCAUAAAUAAAAGCAUCCUCUUUCCUCUUCUGCCAUCGCCCAAACCUCAAAAGAACCAAAAUCAACAAAACUAUCACAGAUCCCAAUAACAAACAAUGUCAUCGUCGCCUUUUCCUUCCUGCUUCCGUCCCUCCCCCACCACCGACGUUCCCCCUCCUCCGCCGCCACCGCCGCCGCACUCCACAAUCUCAAACCUCACAAUCUACCACACAGACACAGGUCCCGUGUCCCUCACGUGGUCACGCUCCGUAGUGGGUCGCUCCCUUCACAUUCAACUCCACCGCCAAUCUUUCGACUCCAUCUCCUUCCACCUCCACAUACGACCCUUCGUCUUCUGGAAAAAGCACGGCGUGAAGAAGCUGGCCCCCGACACAGUCCUCUUCUGGAACCUUGCCAAGGCCAAAUUCGGGUCGCACCCGGAACCCGUCUCGGGAUUCUACGUUGCCCUUGUGGUUAACAGCCACAUGAGCCUCCUCCUCGGCGACGCCGCCAGAGACGCGUAUUCGAAGUCCCGGGCCCACCAACCGGCCACCCCGCAACUGCUCCUCCUCAAGAAAGAGCACGUCUUUGCCGACCGCGUCUACUCCACGCGCGCAACGUUCGGCGGACGGGCGCGUGAGAUUCAGAUCGAUUGCGGUUUCAGGGACCACUCCAAACUCUCGUUCAGCGUGGACGGCGAGAAGGUGCUGCAGAUUAAGCGCCUCAAGUGGAAGUUUCGCGGCAAUGAGCGCGUCGUAGUUGACGGCGUGCACGUGCAAAUCUCGUGGGAUCUUUACAACUGGCUCUUCGACAAGAACAACGCCGACGCGCACGCCAUUUUCAUGUUCAAGUUCGAGGACGAGGAGGAGGAAGCGGUGGCUGAUAGGAACUUGGCGGGGUUGUGGAAUUUGGGGGUUUGUGAAUGGGGCAAGACUUGGUCUUCUUCCUCGGUUUCUUCUUCUGGUGGGUCCUUCGGCGGAAGCUCCUCUGUUUUGGAAUGGUCCAGUGUGGAGGAGAAUGAAUUGGUCGUUCCCGUUGGGUUUUCUUUGCUCGUUUACGCUUGGAAACGCUGAAGAACUCAAAUUGGUGAGGUUGUAGGUGGUGUGGUAGUACUAGUAGCCCUUGUGUGACCGAGACAAACCAUCAAGUUGGUUGACCUAGUCCACCCAGAAUCAAUUAUUCCAUUCAAUUGAACGCUGAAACAUUAGUUGAAAACUCAACCUAAUCCAACGCCCUUUUCUUUUAACCUUCCCACCAGAAAAGAGUUUCAUCCAAGAAAUGAAAAUCACUUAAUUUCAGUAGUUUGGAAAUUACAGAAGAAUUGCGUUGGAAGAAGCAGUUGACAGUUGCGUUGGUUAACGGGCGUGUCCUUCGCGGUGAGGACCACAUGAAUUUGUUUCUGUGAUGAUGAUUCUUGUUCUGUUAGUCUUGUGAACACGAAACAAAACAAAAACAAAAGAAAACAAAUGGUUGUCUGCCAGCGAUUUUGGUUGAAA